AACCAGACAUGAUACACUGACAGCAUUUGGAAAUAAACUUUGGCAGUAAGAUGGAAGCAUAAAUCUCAGGAUUCUAGACCAAAACAGAAAUGGCUCAUGAGAUUUGAAAGAAGAGACUGAAGAGCCUCCAACACUUGUGUGAGCAGUGGAAAAGGAACAACUACCAUGGUAACACUAAUAACAGAAAAGCUGCAGAACCAGAGCUUGGAUGAUCUGACCUGUAAAACAUACAAUAUUAAUCUGUACUCAUCUGAGAAGCUGAACAAAAGUGGCAGCUUGUUCCCUUUCGAAAUCAAUGAAGACAGCCCUUGGAAAGCUUUAACUGGGGGUUACCCCAUCCAGCCGGACACGGGCAGGAGCUCGGCUUACCCGUUCGCCGCGUGCCCGUUCAGCGCCGGCGCCGCCGGCCAUGGCAGCGUGCCGUGGCAGCAGGAGCCCAGCAGCACCGCCAUGGUGUCGGGGUGGAUCAGCGAGCUGAACCUCAACGAGAACUCGGGCCAGCCCCUGGCGCCGCCCACCAAGCGCCACUGCCGCUCGCUGUCGGAGCCCGACGAGCUGGCCCGCUGCAGGUCGCCCUGGAAGCCCGGCAGCUCCAAGGUUUGGACUCCCGUGUCCAAGAGACGCUGUAACAGCGGCGGCAGCGCUACCUUGCAGCGCUGCAACAGCCACGGAAGUGCCACCCUGCAGAGAAGCACAAGCAUCAGCCUGCCACAGAACAUCCUGUCCCUAAACAACGUCUUCACCGUCACCAGCUUCAACACCUCUCCGGUACCCAGACCUUCCUCUGCCAGCAGCGGGUUUGUGGACAGCAGCGAGGGCAGCACGAGCUCCAGCACCCGCUGGAAUUCCGGAGGCCCUUGUGACUUUAACCCAAGGCGCCGCCUGUCCCUCUCCCAGGAGCACAUCACCGAGACAGGGAACCUCUUGCCUUCAGCCAACAGCACUCCCACCUCCACACCCGAGCUCAGCCGGCGGCAGGGGCUGCUGCGGUGCCGCUCGCAGCCCUGCGUCCUCAACGAAAAGAAAAGCCGGCUGAAGCGCAGACGGGAGGAGGACGUACGAUGGAACAGGCCAUCGUUAGACUUUUUUAAAAUGACGCGGGUGAGAUUUUGUUUUCCUCGGUGUGGGAAGGGAGCUCUUGCAGAAAGGCUGUUUCUAGAUCGGCACUAACUUGUAGUUGUUGCA